AGGAAUCAACAGUGGAGGUUAAGAGAGGGGGGGCAGAAAGUGUGUCUGCAUGUCAGCGAGACUGAGUCAAGAGGCCCCCUGACCACAGAAGCACAGUUUAAGAAGAAGCAGGGAGGCCGCCCCGAUCGGCACAGACACACAGACAUAAGUCACGGGGCAAAGAGAACACGGGAAAGCAACGGGGAUUCCUAGCAGUAGCGCUACAGCUAUCUCCGCACUCCGGGCCAUUGGCGUGUCUUCCUGACGAUGGGAAACGCUGCUGCUGCCAAGAAAGGCAACGAGCUGGAGAGCGUGAAAGAGUUUUUAGCCAAAGCCAAAGAAGAUUUCUUAAGAAAAUGGGAAUGUCCUCCACAGAGUACUGCUGGUCUAGAUGACUUUGAAAGGCAAAAAACGCUUGGUACAGGCUCCUUUGGAAGAGUCAUGUUAGUAAAACAUAAAACAACAGAGCAAUAUUAUGCCAUGAAGAUAUUGGAUAAACAGAAGGUGGUCAAACUGAAGCAGAUAGAACACACGUUAAAUGAAAAAAGAAUAUUACAAGCAGUCUGCUUUCCUUUUCUUGUAAGAUUGGAAUAUGCCUUUAAGGACAACUCAAAUUUAUAUAUGAUAAUGGAGUAUGUACCAGGAGGAGAAAUGUUUUCACAUCUUAGAAGAAUUGGAAGGUUUAGUGAACCACAUGCACGAUUUUAUGCAGCUCAGAUAGUGCUGACAUUUGAGUACCUCCAUUCAUUAGACCUCAUCUACAGAGAUCUAAAGCCUGAAAAUCUUUUAAUUGAUCAACAUGGAUAUAUUCAGGUCACAGAUUUUGGCUUUGCCAAAAGAGUAAAAGGGAGAACAUGGACAUUGUGUGGCACUCCAGAGUACUUGGCUCCAGAGAUUAUUCUCAGCAAGGGCUAUAACAAAGCUGUGGAUUGGUGGGCACUUGGUGUAUUAAUAUAUGAAAUGGCAGCAGGAUAUCCACCAUUCUUUGCAGACCAGCCUAUUCAAAUAUAUGAAAAAAUUGUUUCUGGAAAGGUAAGAUUCCCAUCUCAUUUCUGUAAUGACUUGAAAGACCUCCUGAGGAAUUUACUUCAGGUAGAUUUGACCAAGCGGUAUGGCAAUCUGAAGAAUGGAGUAAAUGACAUUAAGAAUCACAAGUGGUUUGCUACUACAGAUUGGAUUGCCAUUUAUGAAAGAAAGGUGGAAGCUCCUUUCAUACCAAAGUGCAGAGGCCCAGGAGAUACAAGUAACUUUGAUGACUAUGAAGAAGAGGAUAUCCGUGUCUCAGUUACAGAAAAAUGCGCAAAAGAGUUUUCUGAUUUUUAAAGUAUGAGAGUGAGGUUGCAUCAAAGGCUUCUACAUUGGGAAUCUUUGCACUCUAUUAAGAAAUGGGGUGGCGCUGAGUCCAUCUUAUUUGUUACUUACAUAGUUCCUUCAUUCCACAAGGCUGAAUGAAGUCCUUAUUGCCAUCAUCCUUGUGUGCAGCUCGCACUAGCCUCAAACACAGGCAUAUUUUUGCUGGCACUUUUUAGUGCUGCAACACAAAAUGCUAGACCACAUUUUCUUCUCUCCCCAUCUAAUUUGAGUUCCAGUGCUGUUGUCUUUAUAGUAUGUCUUUCCCAACAUUUUUAAAGGGGUAUUUUGAUGAAAGGAAACCCUUUAUGUUAGUAUGUAAAGACUGAGUGAUUGUACCAGAGGGUGCUGCAGAUGGUGUGAUUUAGGUUGGAGAGAAAGGUAGGUGUUGCUUCUAGUGUUUGCCAGCCAACAGUUUUUGUCUGUGAUAUGUCUGAGAAGUUUUUUUUUUUUUUAUUUUUAUAAAGAUAUUAAAAAUAUUCUCUAACUCAGACUAGAAUAUAGACAAUAUGUUUGGCAUCUUUCGGAAGUAGAACUUGUUGUUUGUGUGUAUUUGUAUGUUAAUCAAACAAGAAUAAAACAUUUGUUUUUUACAAUUAUAUGUUCAAAAUUAAUAUUCAUUUGAUGGCAAAAGAAGGGCAAAAAGCCCUGUGCCUUUAUUUAUCUUUUGAAAUUGCCAUGGCCCCAUUUUAUUUUCUUCAUUGUUCAUGGCAGUAUUCCUGCCUUAAUAAAGUUGAAAACUGCAGAGUGCAGCAAACUGCAGAGAGAGCAGAAAAUCAUCAAAGUUAAAUUUUUGUACCAUUUGUAGCAGUGUUUUACCAGUAUGUCCACUCAUUCUCUUUUUAAUUUUCUUUGACUCUUAUAAAUCAUGUACUUAAAAUAAUUUUGAUAUGCUUUUAAAUGAGGCACAAGAUUAAAAUGAAAGUUUCAGGUACAUGAAGUGUAUAAGGGCCCUUUUUGGGAAUAGGUAUGCUUCACUUCUAGAUGUGUAAAAUAAACUGAAGUACAUUUGCAAAAAUUAGUACUUGGAGUGAAUUGCUUCACUGAGAUGGUCCUCUGUUUGCUGUGAUGCUCAUGGGAAGGUUGCCAGGCUUUUUUUCUGGCAUAUUAAAAGACCUGGACCAGACAUGUGCAUUAAAUAAAUCACUCCUUUUUGUUUUUAAAGGUUUUAGCACUUAAUUCUGUUUUACAAAAGUUUUCAUAUAAGAUAUGUAAGACUGCCAUAUUUAUAUGUAUUAGCCACUUCUCUUGCAUUUCUUAUUUUUUUUUUAUCUUACUACCGAAUGUAUAAUGACAAAUAGCAGAUAAAGUCCUUUUCAUUUGUUAAUUUGUUUUUGCUUGUUUGAGUUUUAUUCACACCAGUUAUAAAAUGAUUACUACUGCUGAUCCUCACAAGCUUCAGCAUUUUUGUCAUGUUAAAUUCAGUAUUUUGUUGAAGCCCACUUUUUAAGUUACUUAUUUGCUUUUUUUAUAUAAAAAGUCAAUGAUGUUUUUAUUUAUAUACACCGUAGGGAAUGAUAAUGUCUAAUAAAUGUAAUUUUGGAAUGGUUAAGACUGGCAUAGUUUUUGCUGUCUUCAAUCAAAUAUAUUUCAGAUCCUCAUUAAAUAAUAGUUUAUAAUAAAGGAAGCAUAUGUCUAUCCUUAAAAUAGUUAUCAAAAUCGCUGGAAGUAAACUUAGCACUGACAGCACAUAUUUUUAAGGUAUGACACGUCUCAAAAAUAUUUCUUUGUUGUCAUUUUGCAUUACCAGUAUGGGCUAUAUUAUAAAUUCUCAAUGUAUUUAGUUUGGUAAAUAUUUUGCACAACAAUGUCAUUAGAAAGCUGACACUUGAUUGCAUUUUUGUCCACCCAUAUUAACUUGUAUGUGCAAGGGAAGUACAAGAUACUUUGCUGUAGCAAAUUUUGUGUAACAAAAUAUAAUAUACAUCACAUUAAUAAAUUUUAAAAAAUCCUUUGUAUGAAAA